AUGGUGAUGUCUCCGCCGGGCUCACCGGACGGUGUGUCAAAGCAACGGCCACAGAGCCUGAUGUACAGGCCAGAAAAAAGCAAGGAAGGCGGGAGCGGGGCAUCCGACGAGGAAGAAAAGACAUCCGUCAAAGUUGUUGUCCGUAUCCGCCCACCGUUGAAGCCUGGCGAUCCCGGCUUUGAACUCAUCCCACAGCGCUUCCAAAGAUCGAUGGUACAAUCCACAACUCCUACGAGUCUUGGAGUCGAAUCUCCACAGGGACGCAAGCUGUUUGUUUUUGAUCACGUAUUUGGGGAGGAGGUUAAUCAAAGAGGAAUCUGGAGCUAUCUACAGGACAGCGUCACCUCAUUUGUGCGAGGGUACAAUGUUUCCAUAUUGGCCUAUGGACAGUCUGGGUCUGGUAAAUCCUACACCAUGGGCACAUCCGGACCCUCAGAGCAAAAUGAUCCUCAUGUGAUGGGUGUCAUUCCCAGAGCCGCCUCUCACCUCUUUGAAGUAUUGAACAGCAUAGCUCCCAGCAGUCGUCAAAACUCAGGCCUGAAAAUCCCAACAAGGUACUCAUUAGCGUCAAUGAACGGGGCUCAGCAAAACUUUGCGAAAGCUGACAGUGAUAAAAAAUGGCAAAUGACAGCAACUUAUGUGGAGAUUUAUAAUGAACAAUUGCGGGACCUGUUGUUACCAGACUCCACCCCUUUACAUGAACGAGCUACAGUCACCAUCAGAGAAGAUCCCAGAGGCAGAAUCAUUCUUACUGGUCUCUAUCAAGUGGAGAUAAAUAGUGUGGAUGAGCUGUUGUCAGCACUCAAUCAUGGCUCUGCAAUUAGACAGACAGAUGCCACAGCCAUCAAUGCACAGUCCUCGAGAUCCCAUGCCGUUUUCAGCUUGAACCUUAUCCAGCGCAAACCACGGGCGGCUAUCACGUCUUCGAAGGAGAAACGCAUGUCGAUGCCUACGGAGGCAAUGGUGAAUGGCGAGCCGUCCGUGACCGUGGACAGCAAGCUGCAUUUCGUUGACCUGGCUGGUAGCGAGAGAUUAAAGAACACUGGCGCCACUGGUGAGCGGGCAAGAGAGGGUAUCUCCAUCAACGCUGGUCUUGCCAGUCUUGGGAAAGUAAUUUCGCAGUUGUCUUCGCGCCAGGCGGGAUCCCAUGUUUCUUACAGAGAUUCGAAGCUCACACGGCUUUUGCAAGAUUCGUUGGGUGGAAAUGCAAUCACCUACAUGAUUGCCUGCGUGACCCCAGCAGAGUUUCAUCUUAGUGAAACUUUGAACACGGUGCAGUAUGCACAACGCGCUCGAGCGAUACAGAUCAAGCCCAGGAUUCAACAAGUCAAUGAUGACAGCGAUAAGCAAGCUGUUAUUGACAGGCUUCGUGCAGAGGUUGCGUUUCUUCGGCAACAGAUUCAUAGCAGCGAAGGCUCAGAGAGAAGGAAUGCAAAUCCACAGGAAAGGAUGGUUCGACCGAGUGACAGGGAAGUCGAACUUCAAAAUCAGCUGCUUGACGUCCAAGAAGGUUAUACUGCGCUCAGCCAACGCCAUGCUAAGGUGAUCUCGGAGCUAGCGAAGUCUGGUGACCCCAGCGAGGAUCCAACCACGAACCACAUUCCUGGGGAGUCUGCGGUCGAUCGCCUAAAAAGAUCUCGGGCAAAUCAAGAACAGAUUGAGCAAAUGGUGCUCGAGUACGAGAAGACCAUACAGAUUCUGGAAUCAAAUCUGUCCAACACUCGAGCUUCGCUUGCCAAUACCGAGAGCAAUUUGCUCGAAAAGGAGACGAAAUGUGCCUUCACUGAUACGAUCAAUCAGCAACUGCACUCUCGCGUUCAGAAGCUCAUGCACCGCGAAACCAAUACCGAGACGUAUCUGCGUGAUCUGGAAGCGCGCCUCGACGGACAGAGUUCUGGAGAGGAAAAGAAUGGCGCAAUCAUCGUUGAGCUGCACAAAGAGAUUGCCCGCAUUCGUGAGAGCGAAUCGAAUGCUGAGGACUACAUCUCAACGCUCGAGGAACGUCUCGCAGAGGCAGAUCAGGACAUGGAAAUUCUGCAGCGUGAAGUCGAACGACUUGAACAUGUUGUUGAUCGCCAGCGAAGCCUCGGAAAACUUGACCAUCUCUUAUACGAGCUGGACCAUGUACAGAAAAACAAUCGAAGAAUUGCAGCUGUCGAGCCCUUGCCAACAAUCGCGCGUUCCUCUAGUUAUGGUUUGAUCAGCAAACACUCGUUGGAUACUUUGAAAGAAGCAGAGGAGACUGCGCUGCCGGAAGAAUCCGACGACGACCUCCUCGUCUCCCCCGAGGUGGAGGCCGAUGCCAGCGCAUCUGUACAAGGAGACGACCUUGCAAGUCUUGCAAGAGCCACUGCAUGUUCCAGGUGCAUGGUGCAACCUAGCCCUGCACAGGCCAAGCACAUGGCCGAGAAGUUUGAAAAUGUCACUUCUGAGCUCUUCGACCUUCGACUGGAACAUGAGAACACUUUGAACGAAUUUGAUCUUCUAUCUGCCAAGUACCAGGAAGCCCUCCGUGCUCUUGCAGAAAUGCAAGACGGCGUUGAGGAGGCUCGUCAUCCUCCUAUUGCUAGCGUUGCAUCACCACAACCGAUGUCUCGAUCAACUUCCUUUGUUGGGGAAGUGAAGAGCAUUGAGCCAGAGACCAGCAAGCCUCUGCCUUCGUCGCGAUCACCAUCAUCUGAGUUGUCCUUAGCGGAGGAGACUAGCUCUGUGGAUGCUGCGGACACAACUCAAUCGUCCCAAGAACUGCACCCCCGUGAUGAUGUCACUUCACCUGAUGUUGAUAAGCUUCAGCGAAUGCUUGCCGAGCAUGAACAUGGCAUGGAUCUAGUGACCCAGCAGUAUGCACAACUUCAGGCCGAGCAUCAACAAACUCUGGCGACGGUGCAGGCGUUGAAGGCCGAGAUCCAGAAAAACAAAAUUCACCCUCCUCCUUCACCUGGUCACAUCUCCCCAGUCAUUCGUCUAGGGACGUCGCAGAAUAUUGUGGUGACAGAUCGUGCGUAUCGAGCAUUGGCGUCCCUGAAAUCACUCGUUUCUGAAGAGUUUGAAGGCAAACCAAACAGGAUGGAGAGUGCAGAGCUUCACUUGAAUGCUGCCAGUCAUGAGUUGCAGUCACGAUUGGAGCGCAUUCAAUCGCUUGAGGCUGAGAUGAAGACAGUCAAGAGAGAAAUGGAGGCAAAGACGACAAUCAUCUCGGGCCUUACCCGCGAACGAAACAGCUUGAAGGGCUCUUCGCCGGUGGAUCUUUCCAUGGUAUCACAGAUGCGGGACCAACUGAUUCAAAACGAGAAUGAAAUUAGAUCGUUGCACGAAAGUCGGGCAUCCCGUGAAGAAGAACUGCUCGCCGAGAUCCGGUCGUUGAAGCAUCUGAAUGAAAACGGGCCUGCAUAUCCACAACCUGUCAAGGUCGGCGCCGGAGACGACAGCAUGAAAUACUCGGAACUGCAGAAGGAGAUCUCUGAGUGGCAGGCGAAGCACAAAGCUGCGGUGGACUUCGCACAGGCGUCGGAGAAGAAACUACUUAGUACCACAGCCGAGCUCGAGGCUUCUAUGGCUAGUCUCGAAGCAAUCAGAGCAGAGCAUGGUGGCACCAGUCAAGAUGCCUUCAAGCGGGCAGCAGCAGCAAAAGUUAUGCAGGUCGAGCGGGAGAGGCACACUGAGCUCAUUGACAGUCUGAAGCACGACAUCGAAAAUUACAAAUCUUCAGCAGCUCGCUUAGAGCAGCAAAACAGCUCGAUGCGGCAACUGAUUACACAGCAUGAAAAGGAACUCUACCAAAAGGAUCAACAACUGGUCUCCCGUAGCGAGCAAAUCACACAUCUCCAAAAGGAAGCCGCUCAUCACAAAGCUGCCGUCGAGGCUUACAAGCAAGGUUUCAAAUCGCUGCAUGAGAGCCACGAUAUCAAGGUGGAGGAGAUGAAGCUCUCACACGCCGGACAGAUGGCAGAAAUGGAUGACCAACGAGAAGAGCUGGUACAGAACCAUGAACAAGCCGUGAAAUUACUGAACACACAGCUCGAAAAAUCUCGCACCGAUCUCCAGAGCCUUCUAAGCCGUGCAGGGAGCGUGCUAGGUCAUGCCACCUCUGUUGACAUGCUUCAUAGUCACAUCCAAGAUCUCAUGGAAGAAAAGUCGCAUGCCACAGAAAUACAAGCAAGAUUAACCAGAGUCAAUGCUGAACUUGAAAAACAGCUCGAGGAGCAGCGCGACCAGAACCCCAAGUUACAUCGAUCUAGCGAAUCAACAGCUGAUUACAAGGCAAGGAUUCGUAGUCUUGCAGAAGAAAUCGCAAACCACGAAGAGUCUCUUCGUGAGAAGGACGGGAUCAUCAGGAAGCGCGAUGCCAUGAUUGAGAGCAUUACAAUCGAGAAGCAAAACAACGCUCGCAUCAUUGAAGAGCUCGAACAGCAGAUCGAGACCAGCUUCGAUCAUCAUCACAAUCGGCUCUCUGUCAUCCAACAACAGGGCAACCAAGCACUGGUCGAGGCGCAAGCCAGAAUCGUUGCUCUGGAGAAGGAGCUCGACGCUCAGCGUGAGGGCGGCAAUGACGUUGACCCUACCUCACGCACCAACACAAUGAAGUCAGCUCACCGACCGCAAUCUCCUCUCCCGGCUGAUAGUCAGAAUCGAAGCAACUCCAUGACCUCGAAUCUACGCAAAUCUGCCUCGGUGGCGUCUUUGCCCUCACCGCCACCAGCAAUUCCACUCCCACCGCUCCCUGCACUCCCUGCCCUGCCCUCUAUUGCCGCGGUCAACAACCUCCCCACCUCCAACGCCUCGACCUCCCCCCCACCCUCCCGCCACGCCUCCAAAGAGAUCCCCGCAAACGGAAGCCAGCAAAUUCAACUGAUCGAAGACCAGGAAGCGCGCAUCCGCACCAUCGAAAAACACCUCAACGCCGAAAAGCAGCUCACCGCGACGCUGGAAGAAGCGCUGGUCGACCUGGAGACCCAAUCGAACAAGCUCCGCGCCGAGAUGGAUGGCUGGAAGAAGAAAGCCUGGUCGGCGGAGGAGGAGAUGCAGUCGUUGAGGCGGGAGAAGAAGCAUGCCCGGGAGAGUAUCCAGGCGGUGGAGAUGGAGCGGGAUAAGAGGAGGGAGGCCGAGGCGGCGAGGGCGCAGCUGGAGGAGAGAAUGAAUCAGUUGAGUACUCGAAAGAAGAAGAAGAAUGCGUUGAAUUGCUUCUGA